ACGAGUUUCUUACGAAUAUACUAUACGAUAGUAGUUAUUAUUAUAUUUUUUGGGCAAAUGUUUUUCUAUUGCUAUAUUGCAGAGCUAGUAUCAGAACAAUAUGAAGCAGUAUAUCGUACUAUCUACAACCUUGAGUGGUACAAAUGGAAGCCAAAACAAGCUAAAAAUCUUAUUUUAUUAAUAGGACGAGUCCAAGUACCCUUUCAUAUCACUGCAGGAAAGAUUGUUCCACUAACAAUGACCACUUUUUGCAGUUUAUUAAAAACAUCGGUUGGUUAUAUAUCAUUUUUAUUGGCAUUACAGAAUUAAAGGAAUCAAGCUGAUACUAUAUAUUACAUUU